CCACAAUGAAUCCUCUCUUCAUCACGUUAGCGGUUUCUUCUCUCUGGAUUCAAGGUACGAGGGCUGAACUCUUUCACAGAUGAUUCUCACCAUUAAAACAAAAAACUCUUGAACAGCUGAUAAUCCCUAAAAAACAGAGUGAACUUCAGAUGUAUUUGAUGGUUAUUAGCCUUCAUACCUUCAUUUUAGCCUUCUGAACAAACUUUUAAAUACUUUUAAUGUUUAAUCUUGUAUUUUAUCCAUACAGUCCAGAGUGAGGUUGUGACCCAGUACCCUGAGAUCCGCUGGAGUCCUGUCUCUGAAUCAGCCGAGAUGAACUGCAGCCACACCAAAGGUGCUGGUUAUAGCAGGAUGUACUGGUACAGGCAGCGUCCAGGAGAGACCAUGACCCGCGUCGCCUAUACAGCUGUUGGUGCAAAGCCGGACUAUGGUGAGGCCCCCGAAGGAAAAUACUCAAGCGUCAAAGAGAAGUCUGAGAGCGGCGCUCUGACUGUGAAUGACCUGCAGCCCGAUGACGGUGGCGUGUAUUUCUGUGCAGUCAGUGAGCACAGUGAUGUGACGAGUGAGAGCAGCUGAACAAAAACCGAUCAGAUGAUCCGUUUAGUGAGUUUUUUAAUAGUUGUGAAUCUUUCCAGUAGGUGGAGCUGCAGCAGCAGGAAUACAAGCAUCACUCCGAUGACGGUGAAGGUGGUUUAGAGGAGAUCUAGAGUUGUAGAUCGACUCAGUGUUCUGUGUUCAUUCCAACGACAUGCCGGCACUCGUCCUCUUCUCUUGGCUCCUUGGUAAUCACCGUCACCAUCCAGGAUUCAGAUCUCCUCUUUCAGUUCCUUCAGAUCAUUCAGAUCAUUCACUCCUCUGUCUCUCCAGGUGUUUGUCUCGGAGUUGAAGUCACCCAGACUCCUCCAAUUCUUCUCGCACGACCCGGAGACACAGUCCAGCUGGUCUGCAGCCAUGAAGAGGAAGAUUUCACACUCAUGCAGUGGUACCAGAAAACCCCCGGAGACAACGCUCUGAAACGCAUCGGACAUGUGCGCUUCAGGGAUAUCGAUCACGAGGAGUCCUUUAAGAAGCAUUUUAACAUCUCCGGAGAUUUGAGCGGGCAAAAAGCCAAGAAUAUUUCUCUGUUUAUAUCCAAUCUAAAGGCUCCUGAUCACACUGCAGUGUAUUACUGUGCAGCUGGUUACGCACACUGA